AUGGCUUCCAAGCUUUCCUAUUCCCUCUCAACAAUGUUAACAUUUCUCGUUCUCCUACCCUUAUUUGUCUCCAUAUCUUUCGCAGACACCGUUCCCAAUCCCACCACUCCAGUCUCUCCCGGAACCGCAUGCAAAUCCACCCCAGACCCAUCCUAUUGCAAAUCCGUUCUCCCUCCCCGAAACGGCAACGUUUACGAUUAUGGAAGGUUCUCCGUGAAACAAUCACUCUCACAGGCUCGCAAGUUCUUGAACCUUAUUGAUAAAUAUCUCGCUGGCCGCUCUACUCUAUCCGCCACAGCAAUUCGUGCGCUCCAAGAUUGCCGUACUCUUGGGGAACUCAACUUCGAUUUCCUUUCGAGUUCUUUCCAAACAGUGAACAAAACAACGAGGUUUCUUCCUAGUUUUCAAGCUGACGAUAUCCAAACCUUACUCAGUGCCAUUCUCACCAACCAACAAACGUGUUUGGAUGGCCUCACAGACACCGCUUCAGCUUGGAGAGUCAGAAAUGGACUCACUGUCCCACUUUCCAAUGACACCAAGCUCUACAGUGUCUCUCUCGCGCUAUUCACUAAAGGUUGGGUUCCCAAAACCAAAACCAAUGCAAAUCACCCAACCACGAAACAACUUGGAUUCCGAAACGGGCGUUUGCCGCUUAAGAUGUCUAGCAGAACCCGCGCGAUCUACGAGUCUGUGAGUAGAAGAAAGCUCCUUCAGAGCUCGGUGGGUAACCAGGUUUUGGUGAGAGAUGUUGUGACGGUGAGCCAAGAUGGAAGUGGAAACUUCACCACAAUCAACGACGCCAUUGCCGCAGCUCCUAACAAAUCUGUCUCCACCGAUGGGUACUUCCUUAUCUAUGUAACUGCCGGUGUUUAUGAGGAAUAUGUGUCCAUUGAUAAGAGGAAGACGUACUUGAUGAUGAUCGGAGAUGGUAUCAACAAAACAAUUAUCACCGGCAACCGUAGCGUCAUCGAUGGGUGGACUACCUUCAGCUCCGCAACUUUCGCGGUAGUUGGUCAAGGAUUCGUGGGUGUGAAUAUGACAAUCCGUAACACUGCGGGGGCAGCAAAGCACCAAGCAGUAGCAAUUCGAAACGGAGCAGAUUUGUCCACGUUUUACAGUUGUAGGUUCGAGGGGUACCAAGACACAUUAUACGUACAUUCCCUAAGACAAUUCUACAGGGAAUGUGACAUCUACGGUACAGUAGAUUUCAUAUUCGGAAACGCUAAGGUCGUAUUCCAAAGUUGCAACAUGUAUCCUCGUCUCCCCAUGAGUGGUCAAUUCAACGCCAUAACCGCACAAGGUAGAACCGACCCGAAUCAAGACACGGGUAUUUCUAUCCACAACUGUACCAUUAGAGCAGCUGAUGACUUAGCUGCUAGUAACGGUGCUGCUGAAACGUAUUUGGGAAGGCCAUGGAAGGAGUAUUCGAGAACGAUUUAUAUGCAAACUUUGAUGGACAGUGUGGUCAACGCUGCUGGGUGGCGUGAAUGGGAUGGUAAUUUUGCAUUGAGCACUUUGUAUUACGCAGAGUUCAACAACAGUGGACCAGGAUCCAACACUGGUAAUAGAGUGACGUGGCCCGGUUACCAUUUGAUUAAUGCCACCGAUGCAGCUAACUUUACAGUGUCCAGUUUCUUGCUUGGUGAUGAUUGGUUGCCCCAGACAGGAGUGGCUUACACCAAUAACUUGAUAUAG